GAUCCCAUACCCUCUCCUGCUUUCAGACAAUUUUCGAUCUUGACAGUUUCUCUUCUUUGCGCACACAACAAGUCGAUCGAAGAGGUCGACGAUGACCAAGCUCAGCAGCAGCAACGUUGAUGAUGGCUACGAGUACGAGGAAGAAUACAUCAAGAACGCGCGCGGGAUGAAGCUCUUCACCUGCCGAUGGCUCCCCGCCAAUGCUACACCAAUAAAGGCCCUCGUCUUCAUGUGCCACGGUUACGCGGUGGAGUGCAGCGUGACGAUGCGCGGCACCGGGGUUCGGCUGGCGCAGGCCGGCUACGCCGUCUACGGCAUCGACUACGAGGGCCACGGCAAGUCGGGGGGCCUCAGGGGCUACGUCCCCUCCUUCGACGUCCUCCUCGGCGACUGCGACGCCUACUUCACCGCCGUCGUCGUCGCUAACCAAUCUCCUCAGCUGCCUCGGUUCCUGCUGGGCGAGUCCAUGGGCGGCGCGGUGGCGCUGCUCCUCCACCGCGCGCGGCCGUCCUACUGGGCGGGCGCCGUGCUGGUGGCGCCCAUGUGCAAGAUCACGGAGGAGAUGAAGCCGCACCCGGCGGUGAUCAAGGUGCUGGAGGCCGUGACCAGGUUCAUCCCGACGUGGAAGGUGGUGCCCACCCGGAACGUCAUCGGCGCCGCCUACAGGACGCAGGCCAAGCGCGACGAGAUCCGCCGGAACCCCUACUGCUACAAGGGCCGGCCGCGGCUCAAGACGGCGCACGAGCUCCUCCGGGCCAGCCUCCACGUGGAGAGCGAGGUGCUCACGCAGGUGACGCUGCCCUUCCUCGUCGUGCACGGGGGAGGCGAUAGGGUCACGGACCCCUCCGUCAGCCAGCUCCUCUGCCGGGAGGCGCCCAGCACGGACAAGACGCUCAAGCUCUACCCGGGCAUGUGGCACGCGCUCACCUCCGGCGAGCUGCCAGAGAACAUCGACAAGGUCUUCUUCGACAUCAUCGCAUGGCUCGAUCACAGGUCCGGUCCGCCCGCGAGGGACGACUGACGCCUCGUGUGCAACAACCCAUCAUCCAUAGGAACUUCUUUUCUUUUCGUUCUGAUUGAUUCAUGAUGACAGUGAUCCAUGAACAUUAAUUACUAGUACUACAUAUAUUUAGGGCUACUACACUCUAGUACAUGGGGGGACGUGGAA